GGUCUUGCUGUGAUACUUCAACUUACAAACAUAUCUACUCCCCCCUCUUUGUGCAAUCUCACAAUGGCUAACAAUUUGCAGCUCCUCGAUUUUGAGAUGGCCGAACCCGAUAAUGCAGUGGCUCGCCCUGAAGAACAUGAAGCUGCUUCUGGCGGAACGCCUCAAUCUGAAGUUCAAGCUCAAUCGCGCGAACUCGUAGGGCAAGGUCUCUCAAACCCGCCCGCUCCGGAGGAAGCACAGCUGUCUCUCAAGCGCAAAUCGCCCAAUCACGUGCCGCUCGCUCCUACUAAGAACCUUGAAUCAGUCCAUACGGAUAAAACAGUGGCUCGCCCUGGAGAACAUGAAGCUCAACCUGAAGUUCAAUCUCAAUUGUACGAAAUCGUAGGGCAAGGUCUGUCAGACCAGCUCGCUCCGGGGGAAACACAGCCGUCUCUCAAGCCCAAAUCGCCCAGUCACUAUGAACAAGAGCCUCCGACUAGUGAUGAGCCUGGUCUGACAGAAUGGGCAUCGCUUAAGACAAACCUGACAAACUUUGGCACUCCACUUUGGAAGUCUCUCCCAGGGCGGACUGCGUUGAAACCAUGGAAGAAGCCACAGGGACCAACUGACGCAUCCGAGGCAAGUACUACAGAGGACUUGGGCGACCUUCCUGAAGCAGGCGCUGGCCCAGGAAAGGUGGGUACCGGGGCUCUCGAUCCAACUCAAUACAUUUUCGAGCAUGUUGUCCCGGUGGAUGAUGCUUAUCCCCACGCGGACCUCGCCAUUAGCCUCUCGCGUAAUGUUAUUCAGCAUGCAUGGCGAUUGGGCUGGAAUGACAGCUGGAAGGAUCUCAUCGGGUCAGCCAAAUCAAAGGCCGAGGUGAACAGAAAGCUACCGGACCAAAAGCGCAGCGAUCUAGACAUCAAUCGUUUGCUCGAAUACGUCCAUUUAAUAGUGCCGAUGGUUGCUGAUUAUCUUGACAUGAAAACCGCGGGCUAUAACCAAUCGGCCGCGAACAAGGCCAAUUCUAUAGUCAUCCAGUCCGUUACGCUGAUGGAAGCUCUCCAUAAGAUGGGUGUCAAGUGGACGCUCGCAUGUCCUCCGCAUAUGGUAAACAAAAUUUUCAGUCAUGUGUAUCGAGAUGCAAAGCGUGCGAAGCACUCAGACGAACACCUACGAGCGGUGGUACAAUCGUACGUCGCAUUUGGGCAAGGAGCCAAACCUGGUCCGGUCGUUAAGCACACCGACACAGUCAACGCCCAGCAGGAGGUAGCACCUCUCGAUCGGCUGGCCUUCAUGUUUAAAACAUUGGACAUUGUGGAUAACAACAUCAAUGAAAAAGGUGUCUCAAACAUUGGUGAGGUUGUGUGCGUCAAGGCCAUCGGCUCAUUGGGGUUUCGGGCGAUUCUGAACGUGUGCACCGCCGAAGUACCUGUCCAUGUAGUAGUGCCUCCUGGCGUUCUCGAUGCAGGGACGAUGCGACAAUUCUUGGAAACCCCACAGGGCAAGCUUGUAGACGGCAGGGUCCAUGAUAAGGCACCCGAUGUUCGCUGGGGCAACACCACGGUCAGAGACGUUGUAGUGGCGCCCCAGAAAUGGGAUGAUGACAAAGAACCGAUCACGUACUUUCAGGUCGAGGCCAAGAAUUCCGGGAAAUUGUACUGGAUUUCGAGGACCACGGCGGUUGACAAGAAAAUCGUCGGCAGAGAUACAUGGGACGAGAUUCGCAGUAAAGCAAUAACAAACCGUCGUCCCAAGCUCGCACAGCUGGCAGCGGCAAGACGCCGAGGGGUGCACCCAACCAAUGACAUGCUUCUUGAGACGGCUGCAAAAGACACACAUCCGUGGCUGUUUAAUCAAGGCAUGAUCCCGUGGCAGAGCGAAGCCUUUGCAUCGGAAUACAAGCCGAUGGACACAGUUCCUGAUCCUGCAGAGAAAGCCGCAAAGAUAGCCGCAAAGAAAGCCGCAAAGAAAGCCGGAAAGCAAGCCGAAAAGGAAGCCGAAAUGAGAGCCAAAAAGAAAGCUGCAAAGAAAGCUGCAAAGAAGGCCGAGAAAAGAGCAGCAGAGAAGGCUGAAAAGAGAGCCGCAGAGAAAGCCGAAAAGAAAGCCGCGGAGAAAGCCGCCGCAAAGAAAGCCGCCGCAAAGCAAGCUACUGCAAAGAAUGCCGCAAAGAAGCCCGCAAAGAAGCCCGCAAAGAAGCCCGCAAAGAAGUCUGCAAAGAAGUCCGCAAAGAAGUCCGUAAAGAAAUCCAAGAAAUCUACAAGUAGCGAUGAUGAGGAAGAUGAGGAUGAUAAGACCGACGAUGAUGACGAGGACGAGGACGAGGACGAUGACGAGGACGAUGAUGAGGAUGAUGAGGAUGACGAUGAUGAGGAUGAUGAGGAUGACGAGGACGAUGAGGAAACUGAUUGAAUGUAUGCUCGUAUCCUUC